AUGGACGAGACGCUGCUCUAUCCAUCAUGGGGUACAGUGUCCUGCAUUUGUGAAGAAUGUACUUACAAAACUUGCUCAGGAGAGGCAUGUUUUGUAAGCAAAAGUCUGGAGCAAGGGAUCGUCUUCACCAGGAAAGGAUGCAUAGACCCCAGGUCUCUAAAUUGUCGAGGUGACAUCACAGAGAAUUUUGGCACAAUAUGCUGCUUGUCCAACCUGUGUAAUAGGAAUCUCGAUAUCCAGCUGGCAGAUAAAGAACUGCUGGAAGAGACCCAAUCCCAUCAGAAACUGCUCCUGCUGAUCCUGGUUCCACUGUUUGGGACUUUGAUCUUUGCUUUAUUGGUUGGGCAAUUUAUCUGGAAAGUGGUCCAGAGCCGCCGGAGACAAAUGCUACUAGAGUCCGAUGAAUGGAGGGACAUGGAGGACUCCAUACUAAAGGCAUCUGUGACUUGCGACAGUACCUUGGAAGGCUGGAUGAAUGAUGACUGCACCACCGGUAGUGGCUCUGGACUUCCCUUCCUUGUGCAAAGAACUGUUGCUCGGCAGAUUACCCUGGUUGAAUGUGUAGGCAAAGGGCGCUAUGGGGAGGUAUGGCGUGGUGCUUGGCAUGGAGAGAAUGUGGCUGUCAAGAUCUUCUCUUCCCGGGAUGAACAGUCAUGGUUCCGUGAGACAGAGAUCUACAACACGGUGCUGCUGAGGCAUGACAACAUCUUAGGGUUCAUUGCCUCUGACAUGACUUCAAGGAACUCGAGCACACAGCUGUGGCUGAUCACCCAUUACCAUGAGCAUGGCUCUCUCUAUGACUACCUGCAGUGCACGAUUCUGGAUGUGGAGACCUGCCUGCGCUUGGCAUCCUCUAUCAUCUGUGGGCUUGUUCAUCUACACGUAGAGAUCUUUGGCACCCAGGGCAAGCCAGCUAUCGCUCAUCGUGACCUGAAGAGCAGAAACAUCCUGGUCAAGAAAAAUAUGCAGUGCUGCAUUGCUGAUCUGGGUCUGGCAGUCAUGCAUUCCCAGAGCAAUGACUACUUGGACAUUGGGAAUAACCCACGGGUAGGCACCAAAAGAUACAUGGCACCUGAAGUUUUAGAUGAACAGAUUCGUAUGGACUGUUUUGAAUCCUUCAAACAGACAGACAUCUGGGCAUAUGGUCUGAUCCUAUGGGAGUUAGCCCGGAGAACAGUUGUUAACGGGAUUGUUGAAGAUUACAAACCUCCUUUCUUUGACAUGGUGCCAAUCGACCCCAGCUUCGAAGAAAUGAAGAAAGUUGUUUGUGUUGACCAACAGACACCGACCAUCCCAAAUCGAUUGUACUCUGACCCAACUUUGUCUGCCCUGGCUAAGAUCAUGAAGGAAUGCUGGUACCAGAGCCCCUCAGCCAGACUUACAGCUUUGAGGAUUAAAAAGACACUGAAAAAGCUCCGCGACUCCUUCGACAAACCCAAACAACACUUCUAGCUGCAGGCGCUGCCUCUGGGACCAGGGAUCAGAUUUCUGACUUGUGGGCUCAGCAAAAAGUUCAAGGUCACCCCUUCUCCUUUCAGUGCAGGU